AUGUUUCUUCUGACUUCAGUCUUGGUAGCAGUUGUCUGCCUUUUGAUGGUGUGGAUCUUUAAAAAUGCUGAUGGAGGCACCCAGAGAAGGCAGGGGGAGCCUAGAGCCAGGGCCGAGGCUCGCCCCUGGGUGGAUGAAGACUUGAAAGACAGCACUGACGUCCACCAGGUGGAAGAAGACGCUGACGAAUGGCAAGUGUCGGAGAAAGAGGUGGAACACAUCCCAUUCUCCUACGCCCGGUAUCCUGAGAAGGAAAUGCUUAAGAGAUCCCAGGAAUUUUAUGAACUUCUCAAUAAGAGACGGUCUGUUAGAUUCAUAAGUAAUGAGCAAGUCCCAGUGGAAGUGAUUGAUAAUGUCAUCAAAGCAGCAGGAACAGCCCCAAGUGGGGCCCACACAGAGCCCUGGACCUUUGUGGUUGUGAAGGACCCAGACGUGAAGCAUAAGAUUCGAGAGAUCGUUGAGGAGGAAGAGGAAAUAAACUACUUGAAGAGGAUGGGACCUCGAUGGGUUUCAGACCUGAAGAAACUGAGGACCAACUGGAUUAAGGAGUACUUGGACACAGCACCUGUUUUGAUUCUCAUUUUCAAACAAGUACACGGUUUUGCUGCAAAUGGCAAGAAAAAGAUCCACUACUACAAUGAGAUCAGUGUUUCCAUCGCUUGUGGCAUCCUCCUAGCUGCCCUGCAGAACGCGGGACUGGUGACUGUCACGACCACUCCUCUCAACUGUGGCCCCCGUCUGAGGGUGCUCCUGAGCCGCCCUGCAAAUGAAAAGCUGCUGAUACUGCUCCCUGUGGGGUACCCCAGCAAAGAGGCCACGGUGCCUGACCUCGCACGGAAACCUCUGGAUCAGAUCAUGGUGACUGUGUAG